AUGCCUCCACAGUCAGGUGCUACGGUGGAGAAGCCAGAACCUGGACAACUUUUCACCUGGGAUGAGAUAGGGCUCCACUCAGGCAAGGGGAACGCUAAAGAAAAGAGGUGGCUUGUCAUCAACAGGAAAGUCUAUGACAUCAGCCAGUUCCACCAGCGGCACCCUGGAGGCACACGUGUUAUCAGCCACUAUGCAGGACAAGAUGCCACGGAUGCCUUCUCAGCUUUCCACAAAGACAAAGAUGUAGCAAAGAAGUACUUGAGCUCCUUGCUAAUUGGAGAACUGGCUCCAGAUCAACCCAAUUGUGAACCUGCCAAAAAUGAAAUGCUGACAAAUGAUUUCCAUGAGCUGCGUGCGACUGUGAAGAAGAUGGGACUUCUGAAGCCCAGUUACCCAUUCUUCCUCUUCAUGUUUCUCCAUGCUGUCCUGCUGGACAUCACAGCCUGGUUCACUAUCUGGUACUUUGGAAAAUCCUGGACACCCUUCCUCCUUGGUGUGGCAUUUUUCGUCAUUGCACAGAUUCAGUAUGGAUUCCUUCAGCAUGAUCUCGGGCAUAUUUCAGUCUUUCAGAAGACUCGGUGGAACAGGCUGGCCCAUUUCUUUGUGAUGGGAGUGCUCAAGGGUGGACCAGCAAGCCAAUGGAACCACAUGCAUAACCAACACCAUGCCAAACCCAACUGCUUCCGCAAGGACCCUGAUCUCAAUAUGCACCCGCUCCUCUUCAGCCUUGGAAAACCGCUUUCUGUGGAGCUUGGAAAGAAGAAGAAGAAGUACAUGCCUUACCAGUACCAGCACAAAUAUUUCUGCCUCUUGGCCCCGCUGACAUUCACAAUUUAUGUCCAGCUAAUUAUAUUCCGCUACACAAUUUUAAGGAAAAAAUGGAUGGAGCUCGCUUUCAUUCUGGCCUACAACCUUCGCGUCUGUCUCAUGUAUGUUCCUUUCAUGGGAUUUAAGAGCUUCAUGGCAUUCUACUGGUUGGCCAGGUUCCUAGAAAGCAAUUGGUUUCUCUGGAUCUCACAGAUGAGCCACAUCCCAAUGAACAUUGAUUAUGACCAGAACUUAGACUGGGUCUCUGCCCAGCUUGCAGCAACAUGUAAUGUGGAUCAAUCGUGGUUCAAUGACUGGUACACUGGACACCUGAACUUCCAAAUUGAACAUCACCUUUUCCCCACCAUGCCUCGGCACAAUUAUUGGAAGGUAGCUCCUCUGGUGAAAUCCCUUUGUGCCAAGCAUGGCGUGAACUACCAAUGCAAACCUCUCCUUACAGCUUUUGCGGAUCUUGUGCGUUCUUUGAAGGAAUCUGGAGAGUACUGGCAGGAUGCUUACCUCCAUGGGUAAGAAGAGGCAAGAACUGGCGAAUCUCCUUAUGGGCACCUGUCUGGAACCAUCAGCAAAUGGAAGGGAAGGAACUGCAAA